GGACCCAAAAAGGUACUCCCCUUUUGUUCUGAGCAGAUUCUGAUUUGGAUGUUCAAUGUUGCAUCUUGAAUUUUUCUCCCCUUGCCUUCUUUUAUUCUUCCCAGCUUCAGAUUAAAAGGCACCAUAAAACCUUGAAUUCAACUAUGAAGAAAAGCUUCCUCUUGACACCUGAGACCAUGCCAUGCAAUAAUUUCAUUAUUCUACCAAAAAAUGUGAAUCAUAAAAAACCCUGAAUGGGAAUGUGCAAAUCAUUCCUUAAAUUAAAUUAAUUAAACUGUGAGCAUGGCUGUCUUACAUGAGGACGACUACGACUACCACGAAAACAUCAGCUUUAACUACAGCUAUGAGGACUACCCCGCCCUGUGCGAGAAGGGCGACAUCCGGUCCUUCGCAGCCUUCUUCCUCCCCAUCAUGUACAGUCUGUGUCUGGUUGCAGGACUGACGGGAAACGUUCUGGUCCUGGCCGUCUACGCCUACCACAAACGGCUGAAGACCAUGACGGACUCUUUCCUAAGCCACUUGGCUGUGGCCGACUUGCUGCUUCUCUUCACGCUGCCUUUCUGGGCAGCUGACGCUGCCAGGGGCUGGGAGUUGGGGGAUGCCGUCUGUAAGAUUGUGUCGGCCUGCUACACAUUGAACUUCAACUGCUGCAUGUUGCUGUUGGCCUGCAUCAGCUUGGACCGUUAUCUGGCGGUUCUCAGACUGCAGGGUGAAGAUGAACGAAGGAAGCUGCAGAGGCUUUUCAACAGGAGACAUUGCUGGAAGUGGUGCUUAGCUGUCUGGGGAACAGCCUCCCUUCUUGGUCUACCUGAUUUAAUUUUCUCAGAAGUGAUAUGGACAUCGAAUAGGAACGUCUGCAUUGCCAUCUACCCCUCAUCCAUGGCUCGAAGUGGUAAAGCUGUGCUGGAGGUGGCCGAGGUGCUGCUGGGAUUCCUUCUUCCUCUCCUGGUCAUGGUGAUCUGUUACGGGUCUGUCGGCCGAGCCCUGAAAAGCCUACCCAUUGAGAGCAGAGGCAAGAAGAGGAGAGUUCUGUGGGUUCUUCUAAUAGUAGUGGGGGUGUUUGUUGUCACUCAGCUGCCAUACAAUGUGCUAAAACUGCACCGGGCCGUGGAUUCGGUGUACAUUUUUGUGACUCAUUGCGGGACGAGCAAGGUGCUAGAUCAGGCAGCCCAGGUGACGGAAAGCCUGGCCCUUAUACACUGCUGCAUCAACCCAAUCAUUUAUGCCUUCAUGGGGUCCUCCUUCAGGCAGCAUAUGAUGAAAGUUGCUAAAACGUUUGGAGAGAAAAGAAGGAAGAGGAGAACGAGGACAGAGGGUGAAGAGAUAGAGAUGUCAUUUAACUCUCAUAGUGUAACCCAGGAGACAAACUCAUUCUCAGUUUGAGUUAAUCCCAUGGUUCUCAAACUGUGGUACAAGUACUGGUAGUACUUGGAUAGUCAGAAGAUAUCAUGGUGUCAACAGUUCAUAGUGUAAAUGGCCUAGAACGCUAAUUAACUAUCAUGUAGAGCUACUAAGCUAAAGCCAAAUGGAGUACUUAUUUAAGCAAUGUCUGAGUUUUGCUUCAAACAGAAACCUCUUAAAAGAAAAGCGCAACAAACAAUAUUUUGAAAGCUCCAAGAACAAGUGCUGGUGGCUACUUAUUCACCCAUAAAGUUGGAACGUGGAUCUGGAAACCUAACCGUGCACCAGUCGGAAGAACAAAGGGAUAUUAUAAUAGUGUUUUCUCUUUGUAUUCGGAAGUCAGAUGUUUUGAGUUCCUAAUUAGAAAAACAACAAAACUUAAAUACACAAAAAAAAACUGAACACUCUCAAAAGAGUUGCGACAUCAUUCUUAGCUCUGAACUGUGGCUUCCAAGACAAAUAAAGUGCUGCAUAAUUAC